CUUCCACACCACACACACAUCCCAUCCCCCUUCUCUCGAGGAUUGUCGUUUUCUGCUUUCUUUUUCGUCAUCAGAGGGCCUCGUACUAUGUACUCGCUGUCGAUAAUAGAUUGCUUGGCCACAUCAGCUCCCCUGGGAUCUGCCCUGCCCAUCAUCCGGUCCAAAGGCUUUGCUUGUUAUUACCACGCUUUUGAUCGCUGCCUCUCACUGCCACUUCAGGAUGCCAAGAUAUGUCUUGCACGCUUCUCGAAGCGCAUCAGUGCUUCCAUUGCCGCCAGUCCCUGCUCUGUUAUGCCUCACUCCCUGCUGCCUGUUGUGCAAUUUGCCAGCGUUGCUAGUCUGUCUUGAUGGAUCGUCCGAAUGCUUACGAGACACAUGAUGGUCUCAUACACGAGCGGUCUGAUUGCAUCCUCCCGGUUUAUUCCUGGCUACUACCGUGCCGGCAUUCAGCUGCCGUACUUUGUGACGCGCUUUCUUUAGAGUAGAAAUUAUCAUUCCCGUCUUCUUUUUUUCAAUCCCAGUGGUGUGUAGGCUACCAAGAGCAGUUCAGCAUGAAACACUGCCGCUUGCUCCCAUCCACUGGCUCGUCUCGUCUUGUCAUUCAAUAGUCUCCCUGCUAUUACAGCGGUCUCCGCCGCUGACCGCCGUGGACCUCGGUCAAGUCCCACAUCUAUUUGUUUGUUUCAUCUUCAACCUACAUUCACCCACCUUGGGGUGCGUCCUGGAGAGAAAUGGCGGACAUUUUGGGUAUUCAAGCUUUCAGUUCGGGCACUGUUCUUGAGAACUGGUGGGAGUAUACCCUCGUCGCCAUAGUCUGUGCAAGUGGGUUCAUAGGCGUUGUCGCCCUUCUCUGGACAUCGUACAAUUCAUUUCGAAGAUGGUUCAAAACUGGUGGCGAUAACCUGUCCCGCUCUAUACAAGAUUUUUUCUAUGUAUUGACGCGCAGUGCACACCGCGUUCGACCUGCCGAACCUCUUCCUGAGAAGCUAUCAUCCUUCGGGGUGUUCCUUGGCUCAUUCAAUACUCCACUUACAGCGGAAGAGAGAGAAGUACUUGCGGGAUGGGAUGCCGUGGUCCUGGAUUACCGCGAGUCGGGCGUACUUGAAGCGGUCAGCGAUCCCGAUAUUGCAAUUGGACCUCACAUUAUUGCUCGGCUCGACCUCCCACAAAUACUACCAGCCAAAGCGACAGAGAAUGAACUAGACAAGUACCGCGCUGUAUACGUCAUCUCGAAUAUUCUCCAGGAAUCUUUGAGGAGACCGGAUCAGAGAAGAUACUUCACUAGCGUUCUCGUGGCAGGAUGGGAGCAAUAUUUGAGCAUGCCAUUAUUGAUUGGGCUCACCAAGCUCUUCGCUGCCCAUGGCUUAGGUGUGUUUCUGGAAGUUGGCCCUCCCGAUUACCUGCACAAUACCACGGACCUCGACUUGAAUCUUUUCGCAGGCAUAAUCGUGAGAAAUGGGACAAUCCUGGAGAAUGGAGAGCGAAGAGACUUCUUUGCCAUGGAUAAGAUGAAGACUACCACAAAGGCCUUUGUCUCACAAGCGUGUCUACGACCGUUUCUCACAAUGAUGUGGGAUACGAUCUCAGACGAUGCUGAGCUGUCUCAUGCUGUAACGCGUAGAGCACACAUGUGGUGUAGUUAUCAUGGCGCGACGCCAUACUUUGUAAGGCAAUGCGCUUUGACAGAUCUGGCGGAGAUACGUUCUUGUGAGGAGCCACUUGCAGCUUUCCAAUGGUUGAAAGAUCGAAGAGUCAUGAGUGUACACGAGAAAUUUAGGGGCACUCGCAUCCUCGCACCGGAGUUUCUGAGCAUCAUCGAUGAUUACCUCCCGCUACAAGAAGUGUUCCCAUUACUCCAAAAUACACUUUCCGGCUUGGAUAGCUCCGACUCGGAGCCCGAUGAGCAUUCAAGCUGUUCUACCCUUACUGUUCAGUACCCGGAAAUCGAUGAGAAUGGCGCUUUGUUGACUUCAGAACCGAUGUCCCCAGUUUCUCCUGGCUUCAACUGGAGUACAGCUAUGGACAAACAUGAUUCGAAUCCACUUUCAUGCUCUUCUGAUGGCACCCGUUACGGUACUUUAGGCUGCUUUCCAAUAGGACUAAAUGCCACACAAACGGAUUUCGAUCACGUGCUGCGAUCACAACAGCGGCUGCGACAGCUGAAUUUGCUAAGCAAAGUCGAAACAACGGAGUUGAACACAAUAGGGAGCGUACUGCUGACCUACAGUCGGUCAGAGUGUUCCUUGUUUGAUAACAUAUCAAACUCACGUGCCGCGGUAUCUGCUUUCGCGGAGGCAUUACUAGCGACCAACGAAGAAGACGAGGAUUAUCGUCCGGUGCGCGUCUUCACUGGAAUCGACUCUGGAUAUCAUACACCCAGUGGGAGUCAAUACUGGUCUGUUUGGGAAGUAGACCGGAGAACAUCUUCUCUCAUCAUCUACGUAUCCAAAUCCGCCCAAGAUUUACCCGCUACCUUGCUCCACACUUAUCUUAGCAAAGCCGGAUUCAGCCGAUAUCAAUGUCUUCUCUUGGAAUACAACUUCAACGCACACUUGAGCAAGUCUGAUACGCUUGAGAGAUUGCCGUCAAGAAUGGAACAAGAUCUUGAUCUGUUAUCUUCCUCCGACUUAGUCCUUUAUCUCCAACAUCUUCAACAUACCGAAUGGGAUGGCGAUUGUCCACUACUUACAUCCGUUCGCACCCAAUGCGAGGAGCUUCUCAUCGAUGUUCCAACGUAUCGCCAGCUCAAGAAGCAAGCCAACAUGGAUUAUCUCAGCGAAAGCAUUACCGACGAAGAAUUGGUAAAUGCCCGAAUCAAAUGGUAUCGACUGUGCCACCUUCCGAGUCUUGAGCGGCACAAUGCCAUAGCGCUCUUUCGGCACGUCGACGUCUGCUUCCGCAACAUUCUAUGGUGGCGCGACCACAAAAGCUUAGAUGCCAUCACUACAGCUAUCGAAAAACUCACCAGCAGACAGAGCAUUGACUCAGUUUCUGAUUUCGUUCUCUUCUGUAUUUUCUGUGCUGCCCGGAAAUCUGCAUUCGAAGAAGUCUACGUUGAAGUGUCUGAUCGGAAUCCACUAUUCAACCAGUAUUCGGAUCAGAGUGCCGCUUUCGCCGAGCUGUUUGCACUUGGAUCUCGCUGCGAGGCGUACUUUGAUAUCCGACCGAGCGAUAUUGGAGUGCUUCUUUCCAAGAAACAUCGAAGCUACUAUAACGAGUCGGAUCAUCAACCACCCAUGUGGAUAUUCAAUGCGCCUGCAUUUGCGUCUGCCUAUGCCGCAGCGCAGACGGAUAUCGAUCCCAAUCAAAAAGCUUCUGUAAUGCCGGGAUAUCGUCGAUUUACGUUUCUCAGUGUCUUUGCGAUUCCAGCGCUUGUCGAUAUCUUGCUUCUUUCUACGACCGGUCACGGCUUGUAUCUUAGCGUUGCGAUGACUUUCGAAGAGCAAAAAUAUGCCACUUUAGCUCUUAUGACUUCACUUCUUCUGUCCGGAGCAAUCGGCACCUGGAUCUCCAUCGGCGGAACGUACUACUUGAUAUCGAUGGCAUUCUCUGCUGCGAACAUGUUUGUUCUCACCCGCUUGAUUGGUGGUCUUGCAUUUACCCUCGCUGCCAGCCUUGUGGGUUUUAUCGUCAUUGCGAUCGUUGUCGGUGUCAAGCCAGCCGCCAUAUACUUCUUCUAUCUUCUCCUUCUCACUUCUUACCUUUCCGUGCUUGCAGUACUUUCUACCUAUCAGAUACCAGGAUCCUCCUUUUUGAACGGCCGAAAAGUUAUCAUCGCUAUUAUUCCUACUCUUAUCAUCUCACCUAUCAUCACCAUCUGGGUACGGGGUUACGACAUCAUCAUUUAUCCAUGCAUAUUGUUUGUGUUUGUUUCUUUAUUGGUCUUGGGAACAAGGCGUGUUGCCACACAAUGGGUAACCUGGUACCAUAACAUCAAGACUCUAAAUGAUAAAGAUGUCAAAGAUUGGUACAUAAGGGAACAAAUCAAGGGAAGACAGUCGGCUGAGUCAGUCUCCACCAAAGAGAAAAACCAGGGCAAGGAUCUCAGACUGUCUAUGGCGGCAUCAUCCUCUGUUACCCCAUCAACUGAGCUCACGCCUGAGGAACAAUUAUUCUAUGGACUUAGUGAGCCUGCUAUCCUCGCUCUCUGCCGGGAUAAGCUCCUCGAUGCAGUGACGAAAGAGAGAAACCGUUCAUUCUGGAAAAAGGCUACAACCGAUACUUUCGUCAAGGAUCUGGCGUCGUGCUGGGACUCAACUCUUUUCUUGCUGGAUUGGUAUAGCCGAAUAACUGAGACGAAGCGACCCAUACCGUUCAGUUCCACUUGGAAUCUGGAGACACAAGUUGCACUGGAAAGCAUGCAGCAAUCACAAAAAGGCAUCCGCUUGCACAAUUCCUUCAUUCACUGGCGCAAUGCCGGGGAUGAGAUAGGGUGUGGUAUUCUGUACUUUUUGGUAGCCCUAAUGGAUCGUUGGCUCGAUUUAGUUCAUGGUGGACGCCUAGUCGGUCUAUCAGUUCAGUCAAAUACUGCUGCUAUUGCGGGCGCGGCAUUGAGCGAAGACGCCAUUACGGAGUUCAAUAAAAUCUUGAGGCUAUCGGUUGGAUUCGGUCUCGCAUACUACCUCAUCGGGGCUGUACUUCUUGAUUACAAGGCUCAACACUUGCAUCAACUAUCUGAACAGAUGGCGCCUGUCUCUAUCGAGAAUGUCGCGCACAUCAAGAAAGCAAAAGCCAACGACCUGAAAUUCCGACGUCGUCUAUACUGGAUUACUCUCUGGCGCUUCGUUGGUGUACAUGUGUGGGCACUGGCCUUCAGUAGCGCACUCAUUUGGAUCUUCAAUGGCUCGGCCAACGGAUUGAUCAUGUUCCUCGCCUAUGUGGGGGCCUAUAGUGGAUUGCUACUCUACCAGUACAACAAAAUCUUCUCUGGACCGCAUGCUCUGAUGCCACUGCUGAUAGCCGUCAUUCUUGGGUUUGUUCUGGGCAACAUCCUCCAGGAAGUGCAACCGAGUUUCCGAUAUAACAACGUCAUUGCGUUGGCAGUCGGAACUUGGACGGCAGCUUUGCUCUCUUUCCGCACAGCAAAGCUCGGACUACCAGAAUUAUUUGACCUCCGCAUGUGGAUAUCGGAGAAGAUCGCGCGAUACAAGCGUCCAGAAAUGCCCAACAGCUCUACGGAUUCUGUCCACAUUCGAGGACUUCCCAGUCAAUACCACAUUCAUUGGUCUACGGAAGAAGCGUUUCAUGCGUAUAACGGAACCGGGUCAGAAGAAGAUUGGAGUCAAAGCGAGCUACAAGCUUUUACCGAAAAACUACGCUCUGCUCCCAAAGAAGAUCGGUUUCGGGUUUUGCCCUUUGGUCAUCCUGGAGACCAGAUCUGCGCAAACCUUCUCUCGUGUACUCACGAUUCACUGUCACGACUUGCACUCCAAGCGUUCCCUGCGAUGCCAUUCCUUGUACAAAGAGUUGUUCUGGCCUGGCAAAAUGGACUGAUCAAAGUGUUCAUUGUUCCCAUGCAGUCUGUCACGGAGGAUGGCGUCGAUCUUCGAGCCAUUUCUCACUAUUCUAACGGCCACUUAACGUUAUAUAUUGCUUCAGAUUCGAGAGGCUCCAUAGCAACUCAAGUCAACAUCAGCAGCAACUCACAAUCCAUAGCCGAAACAUUAUUGUAUGCUUGUGCAGGGACCAUGUUCGGCAUGCCUCUCCACCAGGCCGAGAUUACAGAAUCUAUACCGGCCUGCCGGUCGGUGAUUGCUGAUGCGCAUGUCGUAUCUGAAUGCGCCAAACGCUCAAUGCCUUCCGAGUCAACGGGUCAAAAAGCGGCUGCGUUCGAAACUCAGUGCCGAAAAGAAAUUCUGCGCCAUCUUUGUCUUGGGUACGACUGUGACAAAGACUGGGACAAUCUGCCCCUCGAUAUCCGUCGGAUGUUUCUGCGGCGGUGCAUGGGUGCUCGAGGCCCAUACACCAACACUGAAAUGUCAUGGAUUAAUAAAAAUGUUGCAGCCGAAGAUGCCUGCACUAUCCUCUCAAGAAUCGCUAGACAUGAUUUGGGUGCAUACUUGGUGGUGAACAAGUACAAUUACUUCAAAGCUCGUGGCGCCAGAGAGCUCAGCGAUAAGGACUAUCGGCAGGUCACCGCCGACAUUCAAGAAGCUCACCACCCAGUUCUCAAUCGAUCUGCCACGUCAAUUUUGGGCAAAGUGUUCAAGAGGCUCACCAUUCCAUUCAUUUACGUCUACCAUACCGCCGGCCAAUGGAUCAAAUUCUUUGUGCUCGCGUGCAUGGCUGAUCUAGAGUACCAACGAGAGCUCAAGUGCGCAUUGGGUAGAACUCCAAGCUUCCUUGCGAAGCCACUGACUUUUAUCCUCACCGGGCUCUGGAUAUACAGUCAUGCUGCCAUGUCUCGGGUACUCCCUUUCUUCUUAUAUCACAACCGCAAAGAUAUCGCCAGUCUCGCGUCUACGGUAAAAGGCAGUCUGGUCUCCCAGAAGAAAGAUCGACUACUUAUUCGUAGCUAUGGGGAAACUGAGACCGCUUUCGUGCACCCGACAUCAAAUGGAAAUUUCAAGUUGGUAUUCUACAACGGUAUCCUCAAGAAUGAACCUACUUGGGGUCACGUCAGGGUAUCAGAGUAUGACCGGACUAUGCAUAUCACGUCCCGCAAAGAGUACAAGAACAACAAUGUGGUCAACGAAUUUGUUUACGAAUAUCCUAGCAAAAGAGCGACAAAGUUUGGAAAGAUCAUGAAAUUCCAAAGCGUCAAACUGCCAAUCAGCCGGAAUUGCAUAUCUGGUAACGCCUCGGGUGCGAAGGUUCAGUACAACUACAAGGGCCAUAUUGAGUCCGGUAGUUAUCUACAGGAUGGAAAUCUGGUGCGCUUCAAGUACCAUUACCGCAAGAAUGCCAAGUACGAUGAUGAAUUGUUGAGAGCCGAAUUUGUUCUGCCUCACAUGUCCGUCAACGUUAGCUGGUGUGCGCCUCCAGUGCGUCACGCUGAGAAGAUGGAACGCUGGAUCCCAACUCCCCGCGUUCACGAAGCGACAUUCGUCCAAGGUGCCGAUGUUUACGAGUGCAACUGGCUCUAUGACCACAAAUUUCAUCCCGUUAUAUCCACGAAGCUCAAUGGACAUACUGUCGAUACCCCUGACAUGAUCCGAUACGAUUGGCUCGGUGUGCUUAAGAAGCCGACGCAUUGUACGUUCAUGGAUGAAAACCCACUUCUAGACUUCACGACACCAACUUCGACUUUUCUCAUGCGCUUGUUCGGAGCGAACAUUAAACGUCAACAAAUCUCGACUUCCCGUGCCAGAUCUCAAUUGUGGAAAGCAUGGAAGAAACGUUUGGAUCUCGAUGGAGUUCUUGUUCGAUUCGUUGAUGAAGAACUUGUCCGUAAAGAACAGCUCUUGAGGCCCUACUGGCGGCGUCGUGACCGUGGUAGCUUGCUCAAGGCCGAAGACUAUCUCGCCCUGCAUGCUGAUGCGAUCAUGGCCAGCUCGGAUUUGACUAGCGAUAUCAGUGCUUGGACCCCGUUAGCAAUACGCAUGAGCGAUCUCUUCAGUUUUGGUCAGGGCGGUGAUGCUGUCAUUUUCACUAGGACCAAAGCUCUACAACGCGAUACAGAGAAAAACCUGCAUGUGAUCGCUGUUGAUACGGGUACGUGGCCAAACGAAGGUGGCGGUGUGUCGGCCUGUCGCCGCGAUCUGAUUAACAACCUCCGCACCAUCAAAUGGCACAUGGUUGUGGAGUCAGCCAAUGAUUUCGGCUUGCCCAAGCAUCAGACUGAGGAGAACGUUGAAUCCCUCAAGAUCAUCCCACUGUGGGGACUCGACUUCAUGCAUCCUUCUCAUGGAAUGUUCACCAAUAAACUCGACAGCGAGGUGGACCACUUGGUUGCAGACGCGACCAUCAACGACAUCAAGAUUAAUUUCAUCCCUACCCUCACUGCUCUUGUGCGCGGCGCCCGGGCCAUUGAUAUGACCGAAGCCGAUGUGAAGCAGGCAACGCGGGCUCUGGUGAAUUUGAACACUUAUUUCCAAGAUUCUCGCCAUUGGAAGGAAGUCUGGACCAGCGACAUUGUCAAGGACACAUGGAGAAAAUUGUGGAUGGCGGAUGAUAUGCCGAAUGCGCAACCACCCUCUGAGUGGUUCCGUACUGAGUUGCCGACAUUGAGUCAUCUCGAUACUGCUUUGGAGCUGUGGUUCAGAUACCUCUUCAUCUUCUCUAUUCCGAUCCCCGAGAAAAUUCCGAACGUGUUCCAAGCAUCACAUCACAGUGUUUCCGCUUCAUACGGAAUCGUUUGUAAGAUCAAGCGUAACUGUACACUCCAGAUAUGGGAUCAUGCCAUAUCGUGGCGAGAGACGAACCUGUACCUAUCCUCCGCUAUGUGCACUCUGCCGCCAUUCAUUCGCAACUCUUUACUCGGUUUAAUGAAGUUGACCUCUUGCUUGAUUUUGCACCAUGCCGACCAAAUUCUUCCAUGUGCAGACUUCUUUAAUCCGGGCUGGGAAGUGGAGAUUGGAAGUUCAAAAGGACAACUUACCCAUCGCAACGUCUUCAAACGCAAAGUUGAUCCCAUCGUCAACGGAAUCACCGAUAUGCAGAAGUUCUCUCCUGUCACUGAGAUCAAGACCAAGCAGCCCACAGUUACCAUGCUUUCACACGUUUGGUUCGCUAAAGACAUCAAAACUGCGCUACUUGCAGCCGACAUCAUCUCCAACGAAUGGGGCUUCAAAGACUACAAGCUUGAAAUAUACGGCGCCCUGAACAAAUCGCCAGUGUACUCUUCAGAGUGUCAAGAGAUACUCGCAUGCAAAGGUUUGGGCCAAAGUGUCGCUUUAAAGGGUACUGCCGAUCCCGCCAUGGUUCUUGCAAACACGUGGCUUUUCCUCAACUCCUCUGUGUCUGAAGGUCUACCUCUUGCUCUAGGCGAAGCAGCCCUCACCGGAGCUCCCGUUGUAUGCACUGAUGUAGGUGCGUCCCUCCGGGUGCUUACUGAUCCCCAGAAUGGGAAACGGUACAGCGAAGUCGUCGCACCCAACGAUGCCUACGGCCUCGCUCGUGCUCAAAUCAAUCUCCUUGCUAUGUUGGACGAAUGGACGCAAUACGCCGAUGACUCUCCCGAUAAACCGGCACCUGUUCUCCCUUACAAACCAACGCCCCAGGAUGUCGAGAUCAUCACUCGUCGCAUGUACGAGAAGACAGAGCAACGGCGCAAGUUAGGCAUGAUGGCACGCAGCAUCGUACAAAAGUCGUUUGGCGGAGAACGAUACCUACGCGAGCACGAGCAAAUGCUGUGGAUCGGCAAAGCAUGUUACGAGAUGUUGGGCCUCGAGCGCACAUCCAAUAAGAACAAACUCAACAGGACGAGCAUGAUUCCACCACCGCGUCACCCCGACCGCGCCGCUCUGUCCCGCAUGAUGACUGACACCGCAUCAAGCAACCUCAUCGACCCGCAGCUCGCCAAAAUGCAGCAUCCGCGCCGCGCUCCACUCUUCUCACGUCACUACUCAAACACAACCUCCUUCUCAUCCGUCUAUAUUGACGAUGAUGAUCGAAAUGAUGCUAGCAACGCCUCCGCUUCUUCUUCAGCCCUCCCUUCCCAUCACUUCCAACCCAGCUUCGACUGGGGUCCCCCUACCCCCGAUUCAUCCAUUCAGUACUACCCACCAUCCUUCAACGCGCAAGAUAGCUCUUCAUACGAUGAGCCACAUAUUCCGGCUCGUCCGCCCCGCGCCUAUGGAGGAAAAGGCCCUGCCCCCAAUGGAAAGAGACCUGUCAAGUACUCCACCUCCCCAACACCAUACGCAACCCAAAACACGCACAGUCAUCAUGCGCCUCCACCUUCGGCAUGGAGGAACGGCACAAGGGAUGCGUUGAGGGAUAGUGUCGACGCUAUGGCGAUGCGCAGAGAUGACGGGUAUAGAAUGGGUGGCAGUGGCAGUGGCAGGAGUAACGCCGCUGCCAUGAGGCAGAGCGUUGUGGGUAGCGCGAAUGCAAGCGCGAGGAGCAGUUUGAGGAUGGGGAUUGCUGGGAGCGGUGGAGCGAGGAGGAGUCAUUUGAACGAGGUUGAGAUUGUGGAUUAUAACCGCUUUUAGACUCUGCCUCUGCCUUUUCCCCCGACUUCUUUUCUUUUUCCUUUGAGCGGUGUUUCAAGGAACGGCUUUGGCGUUUUACGGAUACCUUUUAGGGGUUUGCUUUCUUUUGCUUGGGUUCGUUUGCGUUGCAUGCUUGCAUAUCAUCGCCUUUCACCUUUUUUCUCUCUUGCUUUUUUUUUUAUCUCUCAUUGCAUCCGCUCGCUUGCAUCAUCUCCUCACCCCAUAUACCCGCGUUGCGUGCGGCACAGGAGAUUCAACAAAAAUCAAAAACUUCUAUAGAUAGUUCAUACUCAGUCCGCACAAGUAAAGCAUGCAUUCAUACACACAUAUAUGCGUAUGCACGGCCGAAUCGCAACAACAUUGCACCACCAUAAAAAUCAAUUUCCUCCUUUGCCAGAUGUAUACAUAAUCUCGAUCCCAAGUCUCUGACCUGAAGCCUCUUAUAUGAUUUAGCCCAUUGUGAUAAAUCCAGCACAACGCAAAAAAAAGUAUCCUAAAAAGAAAGAGAUAAAAGCCACCGUAUUUAGUCCCAACAACUCCAUCAAAGAUGUUGUUUUUGUCGCGUAUAGCGAUGCAUGCAUGCAGACAUUUGAAUGUCAUGGUAUCACGUGACACCAUGUAAAGCGUCCAGGCGCCCCGAGGCCCCAUGGAUCCGCAGGUCCAAGAAACCAACAUUUCACCUCGCAGCGUCAACGACUCAACCGCACUCCCUAA